UUUAUUUCACGUUGUAAUUCAUGUCUAUUUCAGCACACCUCACAGCUGCUUCCAUGGUUAUCCCCCACAUAACAACUCUUCAACUUACAAGUUUCUCAAACAAACCCUUUUCUCUUGUUUUAAUUUCUUUCUUCAUCUUCAAUCCCUUAUUUUUCUUGCAUGAUGAACGGUUUACAAGAGUGGCCUGAACCAAUAAUCCGGGUUCAAUCACUCUCCGAAAGUGGCAUACCGAUGAUCCCGGAUCGAUACGUGAAGCCACUUUCGGACAGGCCGAUCAUAAACCAGCCCGAAAGCGACGACAACGGCGGUGACAUCAACAUUCCUCUCAUCGAUCUCACCGGUUUAUCUGAUGACAAAAUCGAGCUUUCUCCAACUACGAUGGACCGGAUUUCUUCGGCAUGUCGGGAGUGGGGUUUUUUCCAAGUCGUGAACCACGGAGUCAGCCCCGGUUUAAUGGACCGAGCUCGAGAAACAUGGCGGAGCUUCUUCCAUUUGCCUAUGGAGGUCAAGCAAGGUUAUGCCAACUCACCGAAGACUUACGAAGGUUAUGGCAGCAGGUUAGGGAUUGAGAAAGGUGCCAUUCUUGAUUGGAGUGAUUACUACUAUCUUCACUAUCUUCCUUUAACCCUCAAAGACUACAACAAAUGGCCCGCUUCUCCGGAUUAUUGCAGGGAAAUAAUUAAUGAAUAUGGGAAGGAGUUAGUGAAGUUGGGUGGAAGAUUAAUGAAGGUUUUGUCUAUAAACCUCGGUUUAAAAGAAGACCAUCUUCAAAAUGCAUUUGGAGGGGACAACUUAGGGGCAUGCUUAAGGGUUAAUUUUUAUCCAAAGUGUCCACAACCCGAUCUCACACUCGGUUUGUCGUCGCACUCGGAUCCCGGUGGCUUGACGAUUCUCUUACCAGACCAUCAAGUGCCAGGACUUCAGGUUCGGAAAGAUGAUCGGUGGAUCACUGUCAAGCCUACUCCACACGCGUUCAUUGUCAAUAUCGGCGAUCAAGUUCAGGUCCUAAGCAAUGCAAAUUAUAAGAGUGUAGAGCAUAGGGUGAUUGUAAAUUCAGGGAUGGAAAGGGUAUCAUUGGCAUUCUUUUACAACCCAAAGAGUGAUAUACCAAUUAAACCGGUCGAGGAAUUGGUUUCGGAAGAAAAACCGGCCCUCUAUCCACCAAUGACAUUCGAUGAAUACCGGCUCUUCAUCAGAUUAAAGGGUCCUAAAGGUAAAUCCCAGGUGGAGUCUCUUAAGUCUCCUAGGUGUAUAUGUGAUUAACACUAUCAUUGUUACAAAAUCCUAUUUUAUAUUA